GCUGACCGCCCUCGCCUCCGCCGCCGCCGCCUCCGUCUCCGACCUCGACUUCGCAUACCAGCUCUAGCUCGCCGAGGCCAUCCAAGCAUCCCUCCUACUCGAUGCCAGCUCCAGUAACCCCUCCUCCUCCUCCUCCUCUUAGCCCGCCCCCGCCCCUGCGCCGCCGCAGCCCUCGGACGCCUCGAUCGCCCUAGCGGUCCACGCCGCCGACCUCGCGCGGGCCGAGGAGGACCACCGCUUUGCCAACGCCUGCCGCGUCUACCACGCCCGGGCCACGGCCUCCGCCUGCGUCGCCGCCCACGACGCCCUCUUCGCACGGGAACUCGCCCAAGUCCCGGAGGACCGGUGCGCCCACGACAGCGACAACAUCGAGCGCCCCCUUGACCUCGGCGCGACCAAGCCCCUCUUCCGCGUCCUCUUCAAGGGCAUGGCGAGCAAGGAGAUGGUAAAGCCGCGGGACCGGGACCCCGGCCUCACGGUGCUCGCCGUGGCGCUAUGCGGCUCGCGGGGGAAGAUGGUGCUCAGGAUACAGAAGCCCAUGGAAGGGUUCGCCGGCGGACGCAUGAUGCUCGAGCUGAUGGCGCUCACGGAAGGCCUUCAGGCGGCGGUCCGGUUGGUGAUCCAAAGCCUCACUAUCGUUACCGACUACGGGGUGCUGCACAACCAUCAGCGAGAGAAAGCUCGGUUCAUAAUUCAGUGAAGUCGAGAUCGCAAUGCAUCAACUUCCUGGUUACCUCGCUCAAGAAGAACCGACAGAACAUUACUCCUGUACUUGUGCAAGGACAGGAGAAAGUUGGAUGCACUCCUGUACUUGCUUAUCGGUACUUGGUUAAUACAAGAUGAGUGGAUGUUUAAGAUGGCGUCGUCGUCUUCCAUCGUGCCAUCACACACAAGCUCAACCUCAUGGCAGGGCUAGGGAGCUUAUUGAACUCAGAUGGAGGGUGGCGCGUGCGCAUGGAGGACCAGAACAGCGGCAGCGGGAACAAGACACGCCGGAGCAGCGGGAAGAUGACGUCGUUGUCGCCGGAGCAGCGGGA